AUGCAUAUUUGGAGACAAAAUCCAAGUCUGAAAAGAAGAGAUCCUGUAUCUGGUUUAUUAGGAAUAUAUAAUGGAAAAGAAUAUGUUUUUAAAGAAACUAAAAAUCAAGCUGUAAAUAUUGGAAAAUUGCUUUGGCGUUAUGGAUGGAGCAUUAUUAAACUUUGGUUUUGGAUUAAAUCAAUGUUGGAUAAUUUUGUAAGAAUGCCUGUAUAUUCUAAAAUAGAAUGUAUAAACUCUAAUAUUUUAGGUGCAGUAUCACUAGCAGCCUCAGAUUCUGGACUUUGGAGUGUCAGUGGAGGUAAUAAAGAAGUUCCUGAAAAGCUGUUAGAAAAGGCAAAUGUUGUUCUUCAUAAAAAACCUGUAUUAAGCAUUACAUUGAUGAAAGAUGAAAGUUUUGAAAUUAAAGAAUCAAUGGAUUCUGCUUCAGCAUUAUAUGAUGUUGUAAUUGUUGCUGUACCUUUGAUAGAUGGAAUUUCGAAAAUCAAAUUUAAUAAUUUUCCUACAAAAAUACAAAAUUUUAAGGGAAAAUACCAUCGCACUGUAGCAACAUAUGUAAAUGGGAAAGUUAAUAUGUCAGCUAUUGGAUUACAACCUGCUGAUCAUUUGGAUGGAGUCAUAACAAUUAAUCCAGAACUUCCAUUCAAUAGUUUGGGCAAAGUUUAUCCUGUUGAUUACAAAAAGGAUGAAACAGUUCCUGAGGUUUGGAAAAUUUUCAGCCAGAAACCAUUGACUGAUGAUUUUAUGUCAGAAAUGUUUGAAAGUAUUACAGAAGUAAAAGUAGUUGAUUGGUUGGCAUAUCCACAAUACACUCCUCCUGAUGCUUUACAGCCAUUUGUUCUCCAUCCUGGAUUAUANAUGAACGUUAUUAAAGUUUAA